AUGUUGUUAAAGUAUUUUUUAAAUAUUUAUAAAAAUUUUAUAAAAUUUAUUUUAAUUAUAUUUUUAUUAAUUAAUUUAUUCGCUCAAAAAGUAAUAUCUGAUAGACUUGGACACAUAACUUGUUAUAAAAAUAAUGGUUUUGAUUUGGGGAUUGAAGAAGUAAGGUGCUCUCCUUCAUUCCCUUCUAGCCCCACUUAUUGUCUAAAAGCUAAUGUUUACGAUGGCCGAGUUGUGCGUGAUUGUGCCACUUUAGCUCAGUGUCCUCAGGGGAAUGCAUGUUCUCCAAUAAAUUAUGAAGAAGAUGGUACUACUGAUUUUGUUUGUUGUUGUCAAGAUGACUUAUGUAAUUCAUCUAUGAAUGAUUUUAAAAACAAUUAUUUACUAUUAUUUUCUAUUCUAACGAUCAUAACAUUUGUGAUAACUUGCCAAAUUAUUUUUUAA